UCUAAGAUGAAGAUCUCUGAAUUUGGUGGUCUCUUUUUUAAGACUUGCAUUUGGUUAACUUUUCUUUUCAUGUUCUGGAAUUAAUUGUGAAGCAUUUUGUGAGGUUUAUUUUGAAAGGUGCUAUUAAAUAACAUUUUAUUUACUUACUUGCCACGUUGGAUCAACCACAAGACUAUUAAUUCUUCCUUUAUAUUGACUAAAAAAUAUAAAAUUUAAAUUAACAAAACAAAAACACACAAAAGAGCUGAGUCCUUGUUGAUAACUAAUUAACUUGCAGUGUUAUCGAGGUCUACCUGCAUACAAACGUAAUCUCAAAUGACAUGUCCUUUAGGUCCUGACACUGCUCCUUGUUUUUCCCUUAUGGGUGGUAUGCAAGAUUAGUCAACACAGCAUGUCAAUAAAAGGGAAUGGCAAAACAAUAAAACCUAACGACUAGACUCAGAAAGUCAGAAAGCUGUCAUGUGGUCAUUAUUACAAACCAACUUGCUCUUAUUCAUUUUGCUGUAUUUCUAUUUUUCUUCUGCUGUAGCCUCUUCUCUGUUUCCCUCCUCCUGUCAGUUACAGAGACAAUUUCAUCUAAAUGGCAUGCACAAGAGUGGAGAUGUCAUUCUGGGUGGACUGUUUCAAGUCCACUUUUUUUCAAGCGUUGCUGACCUGUCUUUUACCUCACAGCCACAACAGCCUACUUGCCAUGGUUUUUAUGAAUUAGGAUUUAGGCAGGCACAAACCAUGGCCUUUGCUAUUGAUGAGAUCAACAGAAACUCCAACCUGCUGCCAAAUGUCACUCUUGGAUAUACUCUUUAUGAUAACUGUGUCACACUUGGAAUUGGAUUCCGUGCAGCAUUGUCAUUAGUCAGUGGUCAAGAGGAAAACAUUAUAUUAGAUAAUAGAUGUACUGGAAAUCUUCCAGUCAUAGGGAUUGUGGGUGAUUCUUCCUCUACACAUUCUAUUGCCAUUUCCAACGUCUUAGGUUUGUACAGAGUACCCAUGGUAAGUGGUCUUCUUAAUCUUGUAAUAGAUACCUUGUAUUAUUUUGAUUUCAUAGCAAAUAUAAAGCCACUUAAUAAUAGAGCUAACAUGAUAAAAAUAAUAAAGGAGUACAGACUUUGGAUAUUUAUACAUAAUGUGUAUUUUUCACAGGUGAGUUAUUUUGCCACUUGUUCCUGCCUAACUGACCGUCAAAAGUAUCCAUCCUUCUUUAGAACAAUACCAAGUGAUGCUUUCCAGGUACGUGCUAUGAUUCAGAUUCUAAAACACUUUGGCUGGACUUGGGCAGGUCUUCUUGUCAGUGAUGAUGAUUACGGACUUCACGCAGCCAGAUCUUUGCAAUCUGAUCUCAGUCUGUCGGGUGAAGGAUGCCUGGCUUACUUCGAGAUUUUACCCUGGGACAAAGACAUGGAUGAACUCAGGAGGAUUGUGAAUGUGAUGAAAAUGUCCUCAGCUCGAGUUGUCAUUGUCUUUGCACAUCAUAGUCGCAUAGUAAACCUUAUGGAAGAGGUAGUGAGGCAAAAUCUAACUGGCCUACAGUGGAUGGCCAGUGAAGCCUGGACAGAAGCUACUGUGCUCCAAACACCUCAGCUCAUGCCAUAUCUGGGUGGAACACUGGGCAUUGCAAUUCGUCGAGGAGAAAUACCAGGGCUCAGGGAAUUCCUCUUACAAAUACGUCCUGACCUACAUCACAAUAACAGCUAUGGAAAUAGCAUGGUGAAUCAGUUUUGGGAAUUCACAUUUAAGUGCAGAUUUGCACCAGCUCCAACAGGCUGGGUAGAAGGUAGAGGUACAUUAUGCACUGGAGAGGAAGAUCUGGACCAUGUGGACUCUGAGUUUUUGGAUAUUUCCAACCUCCGGCCAGAAUACAAUGUGUACAAAGCUGUAUAUGCUUUAGCAUAUUCCCUUGAUGACAUGUUACGGUGCAAGCCAGGAAGAGGACCUUUCCGUGGCCACAGCUGUGCCACAUUGCAAACAUUGGAACCGUGGCAGCUUAUUUAUUAUUUGGAAAUGGUCAAUUUUACCACUCCAUUUGGUGAUCAAGUGUCAUUUGAUGAGAAUGGUGAUGUGGUGCCAAUUUAUGAUGUGAUGAACUGGUUGUGGCUCCCUGAUGGACACAUUAAAAUUCAAACUGUGGGUGAGGUUAAGAGGUCUGCUUUCAAAGGUGAAGAACUCAUACUUGAUGAAGACAAAAUCUUCUGGAACUUUGAAUCCAAAAAGCCACCUCGAUCAGUAUGUAGUGAGAGCUGUCCUCCUGGUACCCACAUGGUGAGAAAGAAAGAGGAACCCAAAUGCUGUUUUGACUGCAUCCCUUGUUCUGAGGGAAAAACCACUAACAAGAGCAAUUCCUUGGAGUGCACCAGUUGUCCAGAGGAUUUUUGGUCAAACCCCCAGCGUGACCACUGUGUUCCUAAGAAGACAGAGUUCCUCUCCUACCAUGAACCUCUGGGUAUUUGCUUGACAGCAACUUCACUGCUGGGAACAUUUAUAUGUGUUAUUGUUCUAGGAAUCUUUUUCUACCAUCGCAGAACACCUAUAAUACGUGCCAACAAUUCAGAACUUAGUUUUCAGCUAUUGCUGUCACUCAAGUUGUGUUUCCUUUGUUCACUGCUGUUCAUUGGACGACCUAGGCUGUGGACAUGCCAACUCAGGCAUGCAGCAUUUGGGAUCAGCUUUGUGCUUUGUGUCUCAUGCAUCCUGGUAAAAACCAUGGUUGUUCUGGCUGUGUUCAAAGCCUCCAAGCCAGGAGGGGGAACCAGUCUGAAGUGGUUUGGUGCUAUGCAGCAGAGAGGAACAGUUCUGUUUCUUACAUCUAUUCAGGCAGCCAUUUGCACUACCUGGCUUGUUUCUUCCUCUCCAACUCCACAUAAAAACACCCAAUACCACAAUGAUAAAAUCAUUUAUGAGUGUGCAGUUGGGUCAACUGUUGGUUUUGCAGUGUUAUUGGGCUAUAUUGGCAUGCUGGCUUUCCUCAGUUUUCUAAUUGCAUUCCUGGUGAGGAAUCUCCCUGAUAGUUUUAAUGAGGCCAAGCUCAUCACAUUCAGCAUGCUGAUCUUCUGUGCUGUGUGGGUGGCCUUUGUUCCUGUUUAUAUCAGCUCACCAGGAAAUUAUGCAGAUGCAGUGGAGGUAUUUGCCAUCUUGGCCUCAAGUUUUGGACUCUUGGUCACACUGUUUGGACCCAAAUGUUACAUAAUCCUGUUGAGACCAGAGUUGAACACAAAGAAAGCUAUAAUGGCUCGCCGCAAUGGAACACAGAUUUUUUAUAUACAGUAGAAAACAUCCAGAUAUUUUUUUUCAUUUAAGCUUAUACGCAACUAAAAAAAAUACAUUGUCUAAAUGAACAAAGCAAUAAAUAUGGUUUCAUACUGUUAUGUUAUAUUCCAGGGUAUUUGGUCUUUCUGGAACUGAUGUUCACUGAGAAACAUAUAGUGGGGCAAAACCGUAUUUAGUCAGCCACCAAUUUUGCAAGUUCUCCCACUUAAAAAGAUGAGAGAGGCCUGUAAUGUUCAUUAUAGGUAUAGCUCAACUCCCUCCAGCUUUGGACAACAACAACAAGAACCCCCCCUCCCCUUCCCACACACACUAACUCACUUCUUCCUGCAUCACAACCAAACAUGUAUCUUAAAGAAACAACAACAGUGCACAGAGAUA